ACCAGGUAUCAAAACCCGAUGUGCCUCCCUUGUACGUCAUAACGCCAACGUACAGGCGGUCAGAACAAUUGGCCGACUUGACCAGGUUGGCGCACACUCUGAUGCACGUUCCGAAUUUGCACUGGCUGGUCAUCGAGGAUGCAGAAGUCGCUACCCCUCUUGUAACAAAGUACCUUCAAAGGACGGGCAUGAAUGUCGUCCAUCUUACAGCACCGAUGCCAAAGAAAUAUAAAAGUAAGACGGUGAAACCCCGAGGAGUUUCCAACCGAAAUCGUGGCUUGGAGUGGAUUCGCGCCAACGCCACAACCGGCGUUUUUUACUUUGCCGAUGAUGACAAUACUUAUGAUCUACAACUCUUCAAACAAAUGCGCUACACGAAACGUGUGUCUAUGUGGCCUGUAGGUUUAAUCACGAAAUUGGGGGUGAGCAGUCCGGUAGUUAAGAAUGGAACGCUUGUAGGAUUUUAUGAUGGAUGGAUGGCUAAUCGCAAAUUUCCCGUUGAUAUGGCUGGUUUCGCGAUAAACGUUGAGUUUCUACAUUCGCGUCCAGAUGCCAAAAUGCCAUAUAGGCCAGGCUUCGAAGAAGAUGGCUUUUUGAUUAGUCUUAAACCAUUUGAACCCAAAGAUAUCGAGCUAAUGGCCGAUAAUUGCACUAAGAUCUUGGCAUGGCAUACGCAAACAAAGAAGAAUGAACCAUCUUUGCCUUUAGACUUGAAAAAAUAUUCUGAUACGAAUCUCGUGGAGUUGAAGAAGAUUCUUGUCUGAUAAUUCUGCAUAAAAUAACCAGUCGAACAAAUAGAAAAAAAAACAUAAUUAAAAUUACAGUUGAUUCCUAUUACCAUAGGAUAUUAAUAAUAAUAAUUCUAACCAUAGUUUAAAAUUCCAGAUCCAAAAAAUGUCUUUAAAAUUCUUAAGUAACACGACUAUAAAUUUUAGUCAUAUAUACUCAUUUUGCAUUAGGCUAUCGUCUCUUUUUCUUCGAAUAUUUAGCGAAUUAUUAAAUGCGUAAUAUUUAUUACGUUAUCAAAUUGGGCCGAGAACAACUUAUAAUACAUGUGGAAUGCAAACGCAAAAUAAUCGGUCGUGGUUUGUUGUUUAUAUAACUUGGUUAUAGUAUAAUUAGCGAUUAUCGUUUAUUUUGAUACGAAAUUAUUGCAACUAUUCAAAUGUUUUCACAUACAUUCAUUCAUUUAGUUAUUUUAUUUCUAAAGAU